GUUUCCCCUGGGACGAUGAUAAUAUAAAGUAUGACGUGAUGUAUCUCCUCCUCUCAGGAAGACAAUUGAUUUGAACACACCGGUCUGGUUGUGAACUCAAGGGAAGAGUCAAGAACGCCCAGAUCGGAGCCUGAAAUCAGAAAGUUGCGACUCUGCCUCUUCUUUCAUCCCCUCAAAGUCAACGAACCAAGUAUUUUGCCGGCUUUUGGCAUGCCUAGUGCCAUCUAGACUAGUUGGUGUCUGACCACCUUAGCAUUCAUUGACAAUCGCCUUUCCAGUAGUACUGUCAUUGAAAUUCAUGGAGUCUCGGCUGCGUGGCCCUGCUCGUCUAAUGCUGGUUUCAGAUCUUGAUUACACAAUGGUAGAUCAUGAUGAUCCUCGAAAUGCUUCUCUUCUCCGGUUCAAUGCGCUAUGGGAAGCAUACUAUCGCCAUGAUUCUCUGCUUAUAUUUUCAACUGGAAGAUCACCUGUAUCUUACAAACCCUUGAGGAUUGAGAAACCCUUGUUGACACCUGAUAUUACUAUCAUGUCUGUCGGAACUGAGAUUUUCUACGGUGAGCUACCUGAUGAUGGCUGGCAACACUAUCUCAAUCAUAAUUGGGAUAGAAAUAUUGUCGUUGAGGAAACAAAUAAGUUUCCCCAACUUACUCCUCAGGCGGAGGCAGAGCAACGACCUCACAAGGUUAGCUUUUAUAUAGACAAGGUCAAGGCAACUGAGAUAAUGAAUGUUCUAUCACAACGAUUGGCGAAACGUGGGUUAGAUGUAAAGAUAAUAUAUAGCAGUGGGAUUGCUUUGGAUGUGUUACCGAAAGGUGCUGGCAAAGGCCAAGCUCUUGCAUAUCUGCUUAAGAAGUUCAAAAUUGAUGGCAAACUGCCCUGCAAUACACUUGUUUGUGGCGAUUCUGGAAAUGAUGCCGAACUCUUCAGUCUUCCUGAAGUCUAUGGUGUCAUGGUUGGUAAUGCACAGGAAGAGUUGUUACACUGGUAUGCACAAAAUGCAAAGAGCAAUUGUCGCAUACUGCAUGCAGCUGAGAGAUGUGCGGCUGGGAUCUUACAAGCCAUUGGUCAUUUUCAUUUAGGUUCAAAUGUAUCUCCAAGAGAUAUCAAAGACUUCCAUAGGUGCGAAAUAAACAUUUUCUGCCCUGCUUAUGAAGUAGUAAAGUUUUAUCUGUGGUAUGAGAAAUGGCGAUGUGCGGAGAUAGAGGAUUCGGAGCAGUAUGUGCAGAACUUAAGAUCAAUCUUUCAUUUGUUGGGUGUCUGUGUCCAUCCCUCGGGAAUGGAGCUACCUCUCCACCAGUGCAUAGAUGCAAUGGGAAGGUUGUAUGGAGAUAAGCAAGGAAAACGUUUUUGGACCUGGGUGGAUCAGCUAUCAUCAGCUCAAAUUGGCUCGGACACAUGGCUUGUGAAGUUCUACAAAUGGGAAUUGAACGAGAAUGAGCGACAGUGUUCCUUAACUACAGUCUUAAUGAAGUCACAGGUUGAGGCAGUUGAUAAUUUCACUUGGUUACAUAUGCAUCAGACGUGGUUGGAUGGUUUUGGAAUUGCAGAUGCAGAAAGUUGGUUGUUUUAGGUUCUUACAUCCAUUUCUCACAACUCCUGUUUAUCUUUUCGGUGAAAAGAUUCAGAUCCAUUUUGGUUUAACCCAUGUUUCCUCUAAAUUUCUGGUGACAUUACCUGAUGGGAGAUGCAUGCAUCCCAGGGGCAAGCCAUCACCGGACAGAAUAUAGACCAGGGAAGAUAUGGAGGGUGCAAAUUCUGGUUGUCUACUCUACAAUGGACAUUUGUGUUAGUUACUACGUCUUAACGGUUCUCAAGUAGUCAUACUUUUGACCUGCGGAGUUAUAUCUAAGCAAGGAUGUUCUAGCGAGGAUCUCCUAUAACUUGAAAUUUGAGGUUAUUGACAUAAGUAGCAUGUAGCUUAAAUAAUUUAUACCACUUACAUUACACUUAUUAUCUGUAAGUUCCAAAAAUUGUUUACUAAGACUUUAGCUAAGAUAUGUUCAUUUGGCCAUAAGUUGGGUAACUUUCCUCAGUUUUAGUUUAAUAUGCAUUGUGUUCAUCAGCUUUUGGAUUAAAGAUCCUCAAGGCUUUACCCCAGUCUGAAGGUUUAGCAGUUGAACACGGUCUCAUUUUUCUAGGAUUUUUCUUUUCCAUUCUGUUUACGCCUGGUUGGUUGCCUGGUUCGCGUUGGUCAAUCUUUUCUCCAUAUGUUUUUGAUUGUUUUCUUUUUGCACAUAGCAAUGUUCCUUAUAUGAUUAUGUUUAUAUUCCAUGCUGGUAUCACCUAAAUGAAUCAAGAUCGGUAGGCGAGGCUAAUCAUCUG